UUAGGUUAUCACUUAUUUUGGUAUGUACGUUCUUAGAUUAAUAAAUUAAUAAUAAUGAAGACUGAGUAUCUAUACACCUUGUCAUUCCUGGAACGUGAUCGCAGACUUCUUUUGUUUCUUAUAUUUUCCAAUUUUCAAAUCCGAUCCCAACUUCUGAAUAUUUUCUCACCAGUUUUGUUUAAUCUCCGGCUACAACAAUGGCGCAGCAGCAACAACGCCCAAUUUCAAACCGUCCCAUUUCAUUUAUAAACCGCAACGGUCUCUUCCUCCUCCUUCUAGCUCUCUUGGUUCUCCUCGGCGUAUACUUACCUUUGUCAGAGUCUCCGUUAUUCAUUUUUCAAAACAGAACCUCUUCUUCUUCUCCUCCUUCUCCUUCUUUUGUGGUCUCUGACUGGCGCGACUAUUCCCUUGCUCAAGCAGCCAAGUUUGUGGCUAAGAACGGGACGGUGAUCGUUUGCUCAGUUAGUUAUCCUUUCUUGCCUUUUCUUAACAACUGGUUGAUUAGCAUUUCCAGGCAGAAGCAUCAAGAAAAAGUUCUAGUGAUCGCUGAAGAUUACGCUCUUCUGUACAAAGUCAACGAGAAGUGGCCCGGUCAUGCCGUUCUCAUUCCUCCAGCGUUGGAUCCUAAAGCCGCACACCAUUAUGGUUCGCAGGGUUUCUACAAUCUUACUUCUCGGAGACCACAACAUCUCUUGGACAUUUUGGAGCUAGGUUACAAUGUUAUGUACAAUGAUGUUGAUAUGGUCUGGCUACAAGAUCCAUUUAAGUAUUUACAGGGAGGCCACGACGUUUACUUCAUGGAUGACAUGACAGCAAUUAAGCCUUUGAAUCACUCUCACGGUUUACCACCGAGUUGGAACGGAGUGACUUAUGUAUGUAGCUGCAUGAUUUUCUUGCGUUGCACUAGUGGUGCAAAGCUUCUAUUGAAGAAAUGGGUUGAAGAAAUUCGAGCUCAGCCCUGGUCUAACACCGAAGCAAAGAAACCACAUGACCAACCUGCUUUUAAUCGAGCACUUCGCAAAACAACUCAUCAGGUAGAUGUCUACUUGCUUCCACAAUCAGCUUUCCCGUCAGGAGGAUUGUACUUUAAGAACAAGAAAUGGGUUAGUCCACGAGCAGAAUACUGAAGAGAAAAAACAGAAGAAGAGAGGGAGAAAACAAACAGAAAACGGGGGUCAAAACCAGAACAUCCUCUAGAGGAUGUUUUAUAUACAACAAAUAUAUUGGAUCUUAAAAUACGAGUUAUUCUUGGGUUCAAAUAGAAAUUAACAAAAUAAUUACUUAGUUAUAUUAUGUUUUUAUAAAAUAACUAGAUAUUUGUCCGCGUAACAGCGCGGAAGGCUAAUUCCUAUCUAUAUAUGUUGCAAAAUAAAAUAAAAUGGUUUUUAUUAGAAGGAAAAACAAUUACAUUUACAUAAGUCAAGACUUAAGAGUUACAUGUACUAAAUUAAUUAAAGUUAAGCGUUAUUUUGGAAUUAUUUAAUUGAUACUACUAAAUAAUAUGGUGUUUUACUCAGUUCCCAGAUUCACUAGUGGCAAGGAUAUUAAGAGGCAGAUAUUAUCGAUUGAGUUCGCAUUUGCGAAUAUGCUCAGUAGACUCCCCAUCAUAUGUGUGGACACGUAUCAUCGCAGCUAGGAGACUACUGCUGUUGGGAAUCAGGAACAAAGUUCACUCAGGGUAUGAGAUUAAAGUAUGGCAGGAUCCAUGGAUUCCAUCAGUGCCAGCAAGACCGGCUCGAGCUAGUGUUCCAGUGGUACACCCGGGAUUGACAGUUAGUAGCCUUAUAAACCAUCAGACCAAAGAGUGGGAUCUACAAAUGCUUGAACAGUAUGUCCAUCAUGAGGACAUACCAAGUAUACUGAGUAUGGCCAUAAGCCCGACUCAUCGACCAUAUACGUUUUGCUGGAACUAUACCAAAAAUGGGCAAUAUACAGUAAAAUCUGGAUACUGGGUAGCUACAAACGUUAUGAAGGAACUAAACUCCAAGCCUUGCUUGGAAGGUGAGUGCUCCACAAAAGAUUCGCCAUCUCUUAUGGCAACGAAUCACAGAACAGGUAGCAGUAACAAGGAAUCUAGUACGAAGAAAUAUGAGAUGUGAUAACUACUGUCCAGGAUGUGGUGAGCCAGAAGAGACUGCUAUUCUUGCAAUAUUUGAAUGCCCACCAGCUCUUCAAACAUGGGCGUUAUCAUCAACACCAUCCAGCCCACAAAUUUUUCCUUCAACGAGUAUAUACAGUAGUAUGGAUUAUUUGUUUUGGAAGAAAAAUAGCAUAUUGGAGCCAGAAAAUGACAAGGAUCCAUAUCCAUGGAUUAUCUGGUACAUAUGGAAAGCACGUAAUGAUAAGUUAUUUAGGGGAAUAGACAGGGAGCCAGGAGAGCUAGUUAGGCACGCAGAGAGUGAAUGCCAAGCUUGGCAUAAUGCUAGAGAGAAUAUGAAUGUGCCUCAAGUUAUUCAGGAGCCUCAAGUCUUAAGCUAAGGUGAUAUAUGCAUGAUAGAUGGUUCAUGGACCUCUACGGAUCAGUUUAGUGGACUUGGAUGGGUAUGGAAAGAUGGCAGGGGGAUGAUCCAGCUAAUGGGGACUAGGAACUUGAGGAGAAGGGAGUCAGCUCUGCACUCAGAACUCGAAGUUUUGAAAUGGGCGAUGGAAACAAUGCUACAACACUCGGAUUGUCAGAGAUUUGACACAGACUGCAAAGACCUGAUUGCAAUGCUGACGGAGCCACAAGCAUGGCCAAGUUUCUCUACUGAAUUGGAGAUGAUUCAAACAAUCAAGAUGUGCUACUCAGACUUCAAAAUCUGCUAUGUACCGAGAAAUGAAAAUGUGAUUGCUGAUUCAUU